CCGGGCUGCUCUCCAGACCCUUUGUUAGUAAAGUGAGCAGCUUUUCGAGUGCACUCAGCAAACCCCCGCGCAGUGUUGCACUGCAGUCUGAAGAUGCUGACUGAAAAUGAAUAAAGACAAGCAAGCUGAUGAAGAUGAUGAUGACAGCGACCUGUUUGAAGACUUCACAGAGCAUUUUAACCAACUUGAACUGCUGGAGACACACAGGCAUUUGAUUCCUGUAGGAACUCAGAGCUGUUGGUCAGGACAGUCUGAUGAUGAUGAUGAUGAGCAAGAAAGAACAGAGGAAUGGUACGAAAUGCAAGAAAAGAAAAUGGAAAAACAUCCAGAGAAAUUGCUACUCUGGGCAGCUGAAAACAAUCGGCUGAGUACCGUGAAGAGGCUCCUGACGGAAAAGCUGGCUCCAGUGAACGCUCGUGAUGAAGAUCAAUACACUCCUCUCCAUCGAGCUGCCUACAGCGGGCACUUGGAUGUUGCACACGAGUUGGUGGCUCAAGGGGCCGACGUCCACGCGCAGACCGUGGAUGGCUGGACACCCCUGCACAGUGCCUGUAAGUGGAACAACACCACAGUGGCCGCGUUCCUGCUUCAGCAGGGCGCAGACAUCAACGCGCAGACAAAUGGUCUGCUGACACCCCUGCACAUUGCUGCAGGGAACAAAAACAGCAGGGAAACCCUUGAGCUCCUGCUGAUGAAUCGCUAUGUGAAGCCAGACUUGAAAAACAACUUGGAUGAAACUGCCCUUGACAUUGCAAGGAGGACUGAUAUAUAUCACUACCUUUUUGAAAUAGUAGACGACUGCAUAAACACUGUGUCCCCAUAAAAGCUUGUGAA